GGACGAUGACUAACUAUGAUAGGCCGAUAUCUCUCGGGCAUGGCUCUGAUUCAAGCACGGUGUGGGAUGCUGUACCAAGUUUAAGCUGUCAAUUACCACGCAGAAAUGUAGAGCACUGGACGACCUAUACGCGCAAAGAGCCCAGGUACUAGUAAGCCUUACUACUACUAAGGCUACCGUGACGCUAGCCUGCUGCCCAUGCAGGCCUUAGCGGCUAGGAUACUAGGUUCACGACCAUAAAUAUCAGGAAGUUGAGUCUGACCCAACUCACCAACUUAGAGCUCAACCGUCAUGUCCACAUCCGAGAAGACGCACAUUUUCAUAACAGGUGUUACCGGUUACAUCGGCGGAUCUGUUUUGUCCGCAUUGUUGUCCCACCCUAGGGCGAAAUCAUUUCAGAUCACUGUUCUCACUCGCUCCCCCGAAAAGGUCGUGCCGCUCAAUAGCCUUGGAGUCGUAGCUGUCGUCGGCUCGAACCAGGAUCUUGAAAAGCUGACAGAAUAUGCCAGGAAGUCUGAUGUAGUCUUUGCUUGCGCUGACUCUGAUGACCUCCAGGCAGCCAAAGCAAUCCUGUUGGGAUUGAAAAAGAGACACGACGAAACUGGCAAGGUCUCUAUUCUCAUCCACACCUCUGGAACCGGCGUUCUUGCAGACAAUGCAGCAGGAGAUUACGCCACUGAUAAAGUCUAUUCCGAUCUUGACAUCCCAUUGAUCGAGACACUACCCAAGACGCAACCUCAUCGUGAAGUCGACAUCGAAGUCGUCGCUGCUGAUGACAAAGGUUACGUGCGGACAUAUAUCGUUUUGCCUUCGACAAUUUAUGGAAUUGCGAAUACAUCAUUGGUCAAACUCGGCAUUCAGAAUCCGUACUCUAUACAAAUCCCUAGUCUCAUCAAAGCCGGUAUUGACAGAAAACAGGGCGGAGUCGUCGGGAAAGGGUUGAAUCUGUGGCCUAAUGUUCACAUCAGCGACAUAGCGAGUUUGUACAUCACCAUUUUCGAUGCUGCGAUCAGAGGGCCAGGCGAAGCAGGUCACGGCCGUGAGGGUUUCUAUUUUGGCGAAAAUGGAGAGCAUCGUGUGGGCAGGAUCUCUGAAGUCAUCGCGGAGUUGUUGUUUGAGGUAAAGCUGGCCAAAAGUGCUGAGCCUACAGUCUUCACAAAGGAUGAGCUGCAGAAGUAUUUCGGGGGCCCAGGUCUUGGAUCGAACUCUCGUGCUCGGGCAGACCGAUCUAAAUUGAUUGGGUGGAAGCCAGUACACACUGUCGAUAGCCUUUGGGCGAGUCUCAAGCCAGAGAUCGAGGCAAUCGCGGAGAUCCAAAACAAGUAAGUUGCGAAUCACAGAAAUUCAGGCCUCAGGAUUUGUAUGGAAGCAAUUCUUACCACCAAAUGAUAAUUAUUCGUGUCGUGUCCCUUGGUGGAUUUUUGGUUACGGUUCGAUUUACCGCUAUGCCAAGAUUUUUGAUGUCCGAUCGUCGAGUAUUGCACUUUGUUUUAUUUUAUUUGAUGUAUAU